AUGGCCUUUCCCGCGCUCGCCGCGCUCCUGCUCCUACUGCAGCUGUUCCGAGGCCCCGCAGCGCGCCCCGCGCCCCCCAGGGCCACGAGACACUCGGACGGGACAUUCACGAGCGAGUUGAGCCGUCUUCGAGACAGCGCGCGGCUGCAGCGACUGCUCCAGGGGCUGGUGGGAAAACGCAGUGAGCAGGAUCCGGAGAACAGUACAGCCAGUGGCCAGAGGAUCGAGGGGGACCGGCUCUGCCUGCUGUGGUCCGACGCACCCUCCCUGCAGACCUGCACCCCUCCUAUCCCCCGUGGGAAGACAUUCGGAGCCCCAGUUAGGGACAAUGCCCCCUGGUGUCUUUCUUCUGGUGAUGAGCCGGCUGGCUGGCAGGAACCCCUUGGUGGAGGCCUGUCGUAA